CAUAAGAGGGAAGAUGGAGACAGUCAUCUAUAUUUGCUUGUGUGCCUAGACUGAUCUACAUUAAAAGUUUUACACAUAAAAUAUUUGAUAAUGGCGGAUGUCUUGGACAUCGACAAUGCAGAAGAAUUCGAAGUUGAUGAUGAAGGAGACCAGGGAAUCGCUAGAUUAAAGGAAAAGGCUAAGAAAAGGAAGGGCAGAGGUCAUGGGGCAGAAUUAGUAUCUACACGAGAUGAUGUAGGGCACUACGAAUCUAUGAACAUUGUUGAAGACAACGAUGAUGAACCAGGUCCACAAAGAUCGGUCGAAGGAUGGAUUUUGUUUAUUAAUUCUGUUCAUGAAGAGGCACAGGAAGAUGAUAUACAUGACAAGUUUUCUGAAUUUGGACAAAUCAAGAACUUGCACCUUAAUCUUGAUAGAAGAACUGGAUUUUUGAAAGGUUAUGCUUUGGUUGAGUACGAGACGUUCAGAGAAGCUCAAGCAGCCAAGGAGGCACUCAAUGAUGCUAAGAUUUUAGGACAGUCUAUCUCGGUCGAUUGGUGCUUUGUCAAAGGGCCAAAAAACAUUCUUACAGUAAAACACACCUGACUGCUGUAUAAAAAAAUCCUGACUCAAAAUAUUACCUGUCUCGAUGAUACGCAGGUAUUUGGACGGUGAAAACUGUAAACGCCAACCUAAACCCCGGCUUAAUUUCUUAAAACUUAGAGGCUUAAAUUAAAUUUUUAAACUUAAACAUAUCAACGUAGUA